AUGAGAAUAGAUAAGGAGUUAGAUGAGAAGCUAGAAGGAGAGAGAAGUAAGAAGAGGUUUAGAGUCAAGAAGGAGUUAGUAGGAGGAGUAGAGAAGUUUGAAGUAAGACAGAGAAAAGAAGAAGUGAAUGUGAGAGAAGAGUUUAGGAAAGAAAGGAGUAGAGUGUUUGGAUAUUUUGGAGAGCUUUCAACGCACUCAUCUAGUUCAUUUACCAUUGAGAAGUGCUUCAAUGCCAGUAAUGUGUCAUUAAGAGAGGCCAUAGCAUCAAACUUGUUAGCAGUGCAAACUGAACUAUCCAUGACAAUGCAAGGUCCGUGUCUCUUAAGGAAACUCGAUAUCAACAGAUUUGCUAACCGGCCUGAUCAAUGGAGAUCCAUGCAAGCAUCAAAACAGUCAUUUUACGCAUUUGGAUCAAAUGAAACCAAGCCAUCAAGAAGUGUCUCCUUCAUUGCCGAGGCUUCCAAGAAUACAUCACAACCAAAAGACAUAAAGAAAAUGAGGAAAGAGAUUGAUCAUGCUGUUUCCGGGACUGUUGGAACAACUAAGAAAGCAGUUGAAAGCACCCACCAGAUACCAUUCCUAUCUGUUGAUACGAAUGGGAAGAAGCUACCCAGAAAGUAUAAGCCAACAAAAGUUUCAAAAAAGAAUCCAAAAGGAUGAUGCUGUGCAUUGUAUCAUUUUCACUGUUAGCUUUGUAAUACCUAACUUGAGCUUUGUGGAGUAUGCAUUCUGGGAAUGGCAAUUUGGUUGCACACAUUCUCAAUUAGCAUAGCGGAUACCUUUUGUUGUUCUAUAGUAUUUCUUUUUCCUUGCA